UCGGCGGACCUUAUAAGGUCCAGUCUUCCAUCGGCUUGCUCGAUCUCCUUCGAUGCUCAGACAGCUCAGUUCAUCCCCCUCGAGGCGGAAGCAAGGAACACGACUCGGACGAGACCUGUUAGCCCCAGUAGAGUCAUUUCUAUCGCUCACAUGAUGCUCGCCGGUAUUACUCUGCUGGCUUCGGCGGCGGCCGUCGCGGCACAGUCAUGCGCUCUCCCAUCGACUUACCGUUGGACCUCGACGGGACCGUUGGCCCAGCCGAGGUCGGGAUGGGUCUCGUUGAAGGACUUCACCACGGUCCCCUAUAACGGCCAGAACCUGGUGUAUGCGACGACCCAUGACACGGGAUCGAGCUGGGGGUCGAUGAACUUUGGCCUCUUCAGGAACUGGACUGAUAUGGCCUCGGCAAGCCAGAACGCAAUGAGCUUUUCCGCGGUUGCGCCUACACUCUUCUACUUCGCCCCCAAAAAUAUCUGGGUGCUCGCCUACCAGUGGGGUCCGACCACAUUCUCGUAUCGGACUUCAAGCAAUCCCACCAACGCGAACGGAUGGUCAUCGCCCCAGCCACUGUUUACCGGCACCAUCUCGGGUUCCGACACAGGCCCCAUCGACCAGACCCUCAUUGCCGACAACCAGAACAUGUACUUGUUCUUCGCAGGAGACAACGGCAAGAUCUACCGGGCCAGCAUGCCUCUCAAUAAUUUCCCAGGCAGUUUCGGCAGCGCGUCGACGGUCAUCAUGAGCGAUACAAAGAACAACCUGUUUGAAGCAGUGCAGGUCUACAAGGUCCAGGGCCAGAACCAGUAUCUCAUGCUUGUCGAGUCGAUUGGGGCCAACGGGCGCUACUUCCGUUCCUACACGGCCACCAGCCUGGCGGGUUCGUGGACGCCACAGGCCACGUCCGAAAGCCGGCCCUUUGCCGGAAAGGCGAACAGCGGUGCCACCUGGACCAACGACAUCAGCCACGGCGAUCUGAUUCGCGUCAACCCGGACCAGACUAUGACGGUUGACCCGUGCAGGUUGCAAUUGCUCUACCAGGGACGCGCUCCCAACUCGGGCGGCGAUUACGGAAAAUUGCCCUACCGCCCGGGCGUGCUCACCCUGGUAAGAUAAGGUCCUAGGCGCUCCUGUUCAUGUUGUCGACGUUCAUAAAGGUUGGCUGUCUUUUGGUGGUGGACGUUUGGCAACUGCCUAGUACUUCAUGGUACUCUGUUCUAGCGUUUGAGCUUGAGGACCUGGUGGCGGAGAGAAGGUGAUCAGCCAAGAUUGGGGGCGGUUGCAGGUUGUGGUGCUUACCUGUCUAGGUGGCAUCGUCAGCAUCUGUUGAGAUAAGUAUUGGCAUUCAUUAGUACCUAUUGACUACGUACAUAUUUUGGUUUCAGUAAAUAUAUUUUGGUUGAAUCAAGUCGCUUGGCGUAUCAUACAUCU